AUGACUGAUUCCCCUACUUCACCAAAUCCGACUCUCGACACAGACCCCAAGGGCAAGCGCAAGGCUUCAACAGCGGGGCUUUCUGCGAAUUCACGCCCGGUAAAACGCCGAGCCUCAAAGGCUUGCUGCUGCUGCCGCGCACGUAAAGUGCGGUGUGAUGUGGUAGAAAAUGGUUCACCGUGCACGAACUGCCGCUUGGAUCAAGUAGAGUGCGUUGUUACAGAAAGCAAGCGGAGAAAGAAGUCUCGAGUUGAGACUGACACCACCAAUUUUCAGCCCUCUCAGUCGCCGGCCGAAAUUCUCGACGACGGCGCGCUUUUUGGGGGGAUUGGGGAAUCUCAUGGCAUCACAAACGUGGCACCAACGUCCCCCUCUCAGGGCUCUGUAGAUUUGGAGCAAGGGCAGCAUAUGCCUCACCUACUAUUUAUUCCUUGCAUAGAUCAAAGCCAGGCCAACAGAGUUGACACUGGGGAUCGGUUCCGAAGACGCAUGGCUCCGAACCCCUCGGUGCCAUCGACCAUGCCUUUGUCUCAUGUCACUUCGCAGAUUCAGCAAUUACUCGAUCCGUCCUUUGGUAGCCCCCGGCCUACUGGUAUUGUGUUACCCGACUAUAUCCGUGGCUUGCCAGCUCGGUUACAGAAAGAAGAUAUCGAUUAUCUCGCCAUGAAAGGAGCUUUGACGGUGCCCGAUGUUACAUUGCGCAAUGAGCUGCUUAAGGCUUACAUUCACUAUGUUCACACGUACAUGCCAUUGCUUGAUUUAGAAGAUUUCUUGCAGACCAUCGUCCAGAACGACGGCAUCCGUCGCAUGAGUUUAUUGCUUUUCCAGGCCGUCAUGUUCGCCGGAACAGCCUUUAUCGAUUUGAAGCACCUCCAGGCCUCAGGAUACUCCUCCCGAAAAGCGGCUCGAAAAGCAUUCUUCCAGCGUGCGAGGCUCCUUUACGAUUUCGACUACGAAGUAGACCGCAUAUCACUUGUCCAAUCUCUCCUUUUAAUGACCUAUUGGUACGAGACCCCCGAUGACCAGAAGGAUACCUGGCAUUGGAUGGGGGUUAGUUUGUCCUUGGCUCACACAAUCGGCUUACAUCGUGAUCCCGCCAACUCUCGCAUGGACAUUAGGCGCCAACGAAUGUGGAAGCGCAUUUGGUGGAGCACCUACACUCGUGAUCGUUUGAUUGCUUUGGGAAUGAGACGUCCUAUGCGCGUCAAGGAUGAUGACUGUGAUGUCCCAAUGCUGACUCUCGAUGAUUUUGAAUUUCAUCCAUUUUCUCCCGAGAUUGUGAACAUGGUGGGAAGUUCGGAGAUUCUCCAGAGCGUAACCCACCAACGAGAGCUAGCGUCGAUGUUCAUUGAAAAGGCAAAACUUUGUCUCUGUGUCAGCCAUGUUCUUUCUGCUCAGUACUCGGUCUUGAGCCAUAAGUUUGGCGGUACGAUGGAGACUACUAUGAUGCUGGUACCGAAGAAGUCAGCAGCAGAGACAUUCGAAGUUCGACGCUGUGAUCAGGAGCUGGAGGAUUGGUUGGCCCACCUUCCUACAGAGAUUCAAUACUCUUCUGCGGCGCCAGCCAAGUUAAGCGAGGCUGACCAGGUUCUGCAUUCUCACCGAGCUCUGCUCAAGAUGGUGUACUUGACAACCUCGAGUGCUUUGCAUCGACCCCAGGUUCUCCCCGCCGUUCCAUUCCCCUCGAUGGAUACGGAGUUGCAAGAUAUCUCGCGCAACAAGGUUCGAUUUGCUGCUAUUGAGAUCACAAACAUUGCCCAAGACCUGCAUAGUCUCGAUCUAACUCGCUAUUUCCCCACAACUGGUGUCACGGUGCUCCUCCCCGCUGUUAUUAUCCACCUUCUCGAUAUCAAAUCCAGCGACCCAAAUGUCCGGAUGACGAGCUUGCAGCGCUUCUACCAGUGUAUGCGUAUUCUCCAACGUCUUAGGGAGAUCUACGCGUCAGCCGACUUUGCGACAUCAUUUUUGGAGGCUGCAAUCAGGAAAGCCGGCAUCCAACUGACGGUGCCCCCUCAAGAAUUACAAAAGCGUUCCAACGUUCGCGAUUCUUCUUCUCGAUCCAACGCCUUGACACCACCUCCAGACUCUCUGGCCCAGAAGAUCCCCGAUCUGACUUAUCCCAAGACUGGUUCAAAUGGACCCUUGACGCUUAACCUAGUGGACGAGGCGCAACAAGCCUUCGCUUCUACCCCGCCACCUUCUGAUGGCAGUGAGAAUGGUAGCACCAACAACGUUAACCCCGGCUACCACCGCGACGCGUUUAGGAUCCCCAACAUUGAGGAUGCCGAAUUGAGUUUGAGUGAGCUCAUGGACUUGGCCAACGACGCUGAAGUGACGCAGAAUGAUUUUGACGCCUUGAUCAAUUUCGAUGAUGCUGGAGCAGACUUCUUUUCUUCAGAGAACGGCAUGGAGAAUGCGACCGGCGACACGAAUACCAAGGGCGGUGGCUUCCCAUUUACGUUUUCCGACAUGGUUGGUCUCGAUUCUGGGAACAAGAGCGACAACUCGAAAGGGGACUUUGAAGACCCUAUCACCGCGACAACCGAUGCGGGUGUUGAUGUAACACAGACGGAGGCACCCAAACUCGACAUGGACCUUGGUCUCAGUAUGAAUGCAUAA